AUGGCCAUCGCUCUGGGCUGCCUCUUUCUGAUCACCCUGGCCAGUGGAUCCCUGGCACAGUGGUCUCCUCAUCUGGUGCCUCCAACUGGUGGUCUUCUGCCGCAGCCUCCGCCCGCUACCUUGGCUCCACCAGCCACUUUAUCCCAGGAUCUGGAUGAAGUCCAGCGUUUGAUCCAGUUCAAGCCCUUAAACCAGCUCUUAGUGCGCUACCUAAUCAACGAUGCCCAGUUCCAGUCCUUUGUGCGGAUCAUCAACAGCAAUGCCGCAUUCACCGCCCGCUGGCGUCUUCUCUCCCAGCCGGAGCUCAUCAUUUUCCUGCAGUGGACUGAUCAGCAGCUCCUGGCCUCGGGUGGUUCCUUUGAGAUGGAGGAGCAGAGGCUGAAGAUCAGUCUGUUGAACCAAUUCCCGUACUGGUCCGGCACAGUCUUCGGCUGGCAGGGAUUUCUCAACGAGGCGCAGCUCUAUUUUCCGCUGUAUGCCAUUCGGGCGCACAUCAAUGCCAAAGUGCUGCAACAGGGCAUCUUCGCCCAGUUCUGGCAAAGAUUACAAGGCCUAAGGCUGAUGUAUGAACGAUGGUUGACCUCCGUGGAAACUUCCCAAGUGCUGGGUGAACUUCAGAAGGCUGGCAUCGAUACCGUCCAGUUGGAUGGCAUCAUCCGAGAGUUUUUCGGCUGGAAUUCUGUAAAUGGAACUGCAGAUUCUACCACUGCAGCACCUGUAACUCCAGCUGCCCCCACAGUAAUCCCGGGUGCUGUUUUGCCACCUGUAAACGCUCUUCCUGUGGUUGUCUAGGUUGCC